UUCUAGUAUAGCCUCUAGCACGUGCAUUGUUCUCAUAGAGUAUUAUUUUUUAUAAUUCUGAUAAAAUUUUUUGUUAUAUUUCAAUGGCAUAUUAUGGGCAGUUACAGUCAAAAUUUGUUCGAUUUAUUCCAGGAUUUUUGUAAGAAAUACAAACGUCAUGUCAACUAACAACAGUGAAGGGAACUACAAUUUGUUCGAGGAUUACUAUAAAAACGACAAUUUUGAUGAUAGCGAGUUGCAAUCUCGCUUGUACGCAGAAAUCUAUUACGAGUCGAACAUCGAGAACGAAUCGGGAACCGCGAAUGCUCCGAGGACAAUUCAAUAUGAUAACAUGGCUAUUGAGAUGAAUGUUGAGUUAGAGGGACUGCAACACAAAUCUAAAAAGCAAUCCUCUGAUAUUCAAGAUUCUCAAAAAACACAAUCUAUGAGUCAAACAGACUUUGCCGAAGUCAACACAUGUGGUAAAGAAAUGAUUUCUGUGACAUGUAGCUGUGAUAAUCAAAGUCCAGACAAAUCUUUAGUAUCGCAAGGAAAGAGGAACAAAACAAAUUCUUCUAAAAAGUUUAAAUCUCCCAAACAUGUAAGAAAUAAACAAAAAAGCUUUGCAGAGGAUAAUAAUGAUAUGACAUACUCAAAGUACAAUGUUGUUUCAAAAUCUAUUAAGCAAAAGAGACUUUUUGCCAAACAGAUUGAUGGAGAUAAUGACAGUUCCGACUCUGAAGAUUCUGUACUUGAAGUGCCAAUUCCACCAAAACCAGUGCCACCACUCAUUGAUUUGCAAGAUUCUGAUGAAGAAAACCAUUCAAAUUCAGCUACAAAUGAGGAUGAUUUGAUUUUGAAAAACUGGAAGAACAAUACAUUGAAGACAUAUUCGAAGCAUUUAAAAAAUAUGUCUAGUAAUCAUGAAUUAGAAAUUUCAGAAACAUCAAGUGAUCAUCAAAACAUAUCCUUUACUGAUAAAAAUAUCGAGAAUAAUAAGGAUCCCAACAGAAGUAUCCAAACAUCAACAUGCACUCAAGAAAUUAUGGAAGAUAUUGUGCUGAAUUGCACAACAAUUCAAAAAGGCGCUAAGAGCAUAAGUGAAAUUAAGCAGUUGUCCAAAAGCACUAGAGUAGAUGAAGAGAGUCAAUCGACUAGAGAUACAAAUCAAAAUUCAAAAAGUAGAUCACCACAGAGUAAGUCGAAAGAAAAUAACAAAAAUGAUCGGCAAGAAAUGUCUGUGUCAUCAGGAAGAAAAUCACAAAUGAGGGCACAACAAAAUAAUGACACAGUAUUGAGAAUGGAGCCAUGCAGUCCCAUAAUCGACCGGAAAAGACAAUGCAGUGACAAAGUCAACAGUCAACCUAAACAAAAGCGACAAUGCAUAGUUCAACAGAAUGGUCAGGACGUUACAUUACAAGGCACUAAUGGAGAGAAAAGAAACGCAUCGUCGAACGAGUUUUGUAAUCAGAAAAUGUCAGAGGAGAUGAGAAACUUUUACAACUUAAGUCGCGGUCAAGAGAAUUUUGACGUUGCCGAAUUGCAGCAACAUAUGUCGAAAGAUCCGCGAAAAUGGGCAAUUCUAGAUGAAGACAUAAUGCCGUGUCCCUCUAAUAGACAACGCACCAGAUUCUGGAAUUCCAAGUGCAGUAACUGCCAUCAGGAAGGCCAUCGGCGUUACGAUUGCCCAAUACUAUGUGCCAUAGCAUGCUGCUAUAUGUGCGGUAAGAAAGGCCACACGGCAUUUCAAUGCCCCGAGAAGAUGUGUUUGACAUGUGGACACGCUCCAGAGCAAUGCCCAGAUCUUUGGCGGCGAUAUCAUCAGACAACGGACAUGAGUAACACACCGCAGGAUCCAGGUAAUGUGAUAAAGCCAGCGAGACUGCUAUAUUGCUGUAACUGUGUUAAACGCGGCCAUGAAUCAUCCACGUGCAGACGAUAUCGAUGGUCCGAAUAUUUUCCUACUCCUUCUGACGUCACAAAUUAUACGGAUGGACCCACUUACUCAAGUUUCUCUAGACCUGAUCCCGAAAGCGAUUUCUCAUCAUUAAAAACGAGAGAAAACGAAACAUCAAUUCCACAAAAUGUCACUGAUAUACAACUGGCAAUUGAACGGGCAAUGAUUGAAGACGUGGAACCUUCUACCAAUGUAGACAUGUCAUCAUUAAAUACUAAUGUUUGUGUUCCGUCAACUUCACAAGUAACUGCGGUUAUCUCGCAAGUGGAAGAAAACUCUCCUAUGGCGCAUAACAUUUUGUCAAUACUAAACGCAAACUUACAAAAAGAACAACAUCAAACUGUAGUAGGUGACAUAAACUUCAUUGAAAUUAUACAUUCUUAUGGUACAUUUUACAACAAAAAUCAUAACAACGCGCGGAUGAUAUUAAAAAAUCUUAAUCUUUUUUAUCAAAAUAGAAAUCAAAUGUUAAAUAAUUUAAGAAUACGUAAGCUUGUUCCAGAUUUUCUUAAAGCAUUGCUUGAGAAAUCUAUACAGUUCGAAGUGAAAAUAGGUUUCAUUCAACAACGUCGGUUUCUAUUUUUACAAAUAUUAGCAAUGAAAGAGUACAUAGAAUUUUUGUAUGAUUUAUUGAGGUAUUGGCUUAAUCUCCCUGAUGAUGAAAAAGAUUAUGGGCUAGAUGUAUUCUUACCUAUACAUACUAUGAAGAUGUACAAUUUGCUAAUUACGAGAAUGCCACAACUUAAGAAAAUGCGUUUCACAUGUUAUGCUGACUAUAUUGGAGGAGAGAAUGAUCCGCGAUAUAUUUAUGAUUGUAUAAAAGAAAAAAAAGCCAAGUUGAACCACUGCAAAGGAAGUAAAAAAAAAUAUAUUAAUGUACGAAGAAAUUUAUGGCGUUUACAAAUUCAGCUUCUCAUGAUCGUCAAUACAGAGCCUGAACCGAACUCUCUUGUAAAAACGUUUCCAAAAAUGAUGGAGACAUUUAAAUUGCAACGAAAUCUGAUGGGCGAGAAACUUGAUACCGCCACCUAUCUUGGACUCAUCUUACUUUACAAUAAAUUAUUUGUACCUCAUACAGCGUUUGCAACGAACCAGACAUUAAAGCACUUUGCGAUGGAAGAAAAAAAAAUGAAGAAAUCGAAACAAGUACAACAAGAGCUGGGAACAAAGAUAGAUGAACAAGGGAAUUUCAUGUAUGAUGCAUAUUCCUCAUCCACAGAAUCUUACAAUCCGCAAAAUAUCGAACUUGAAAGUUUCUCCGUAAUUAAUAAUCAACAGAAUAAAGAAAUCUUAGUUGAGGGACAAAGUGAGGACAAUACUACUGAUACGAGCCAAACAACGAAUCAUAUUUACAAUGGGAUAACAAUAACAAGAAAUUUUACGCAGGAUGAUCAGAUUAUGCCAUUAAAUAUCGAGCCAAUACCGAUUCAAUUGGAAGAUCCUAGAAAAAACCAAGAUUACGUAUUAACAAACGAAGUAAACGUUAAAUCCAAUAUAUCCGCGCCAUUUGUAUCCAUGAAUAAUAAGAACAAAAAUGAGAACAUGAUACUAAAUAAGAUGGUACAGGGCGUAGAACGAGCUUUUUUAACGAAAGAGGAAAAAAAGAAACUACGAAAGAAAUGCAAGUUGCAAAAUAUUACACCAAAUGAUAUGUAUAGUACAGCGUCAACCCUUGUAAAAAAAGCUCGUGCCUUUAAUGUACCGCAUAUGUUACAUGCAGCAAAGGAAAUGGAAAAACGGAUUAACAAUCAGAAAAUUCAACAAAACCAUAUUCAAACAUUGUUUAGAAUGAUUUCACAAGAAGACAAACAUCAAAAGAGUAUUAAGGCUUCUUAUGGAUUUUGGAAAAAUAUUGGAAAAAACAAUAGUUCGUAAAAAUUAAUUGCGCGUUCGUUUACAUAUAUCACCGUAUAAUAUGCGUUUGUAUAAUAUAUACAAAAUCAUUUAGGUGAAUAUUCUAUACUUUUUAAAUUGUAUAGAAAAAUUGUUUACGUUAUCGAUAUUAAACAACUUCGAAGAACUGUAUAAUAUAUUCAGAAAGAGAAUGUUUUUGUACAUGUAAAAUAUCUUAUAAGCAAUUUACAUGUAUAUAUAUUCUUCAUUCAAUUCAUUUAUUACAAUAUAAUGUUUAAAAAUAUUGAUAUCUGAAAUAUUCAAACUAUAAACUUAUGAUACAUGAUAUAAUAAUUAUACAAGUAGUUUUUUUUUUGUAAUUCCACGGUUUGAUACAAAUUAAAGAUUUCUGCAAAUAUUUGCUUAUUAAAUAUAAUAAAAAUUACACUUGAAAAAAUGAAAAUUACAUUUUAUAUGUUUUAUAGCAUGUUAUUUUAUUUCUAUUACAAAUUAAAUAAUGAUAAAAUAGACAUUUUUUUAAUUAUAUAUGUCAAGGUAAUUAUAAGUUUAUUAUUGUUUGAAUUCAUUUUUAUUAAAUAGUCUACUAUUGUAUCAACAUUUAUAUCUUAGCAAUAAAAUUUAACGAUUUAAAGUU